GUGUCUUGACCACUCACCAGUGAAGGUGCGUUGCCCGUGCCAGCCUUUUUUUUUUGUAUGUACACGUGUGUAUGUGUGUGUAAAUGUGCCGCCUAAAACAGUAGGGAUUGGAUUAUUUUACCUUUAGACUCAUGUUUGAAUCGUGAAGCCACUGUCUAAUAAACUAUGGCUAACAAAGAUCGCGCCGUGUAUAGUAAACGGUUGACACCGGGUCGGAGUAGUAGCUCCCAAGACAAUUCCACAUCUGAUUAUGGUCGAGUGAUUCAUAGUAAUUUUCAUUUUGCCGAAGGACCUAGUGCCCUUUACUCGGGCCGAAGGAGUGCCCUAGAAGACGUCAGUCCCAUAAACAAACCGCUCGUCAGUUUAGAUGUUAACAUCGAUGCAAAAAACAGCGUGAGCAGCCGAGGGAAGCGGGUGCGCUGCGUCAACACGAUGGCGCCGCAACAGCCGAUGAACGUGGCGAAUGAUCCAGGUGUUUCCGACGAGGAGGAAUACACGGAAGAUGAGGAGAGCCCGUUAACCAAUAAUGAUAUAUAUGGCGGCAGCCAAAGAAGCGCAAUCGACACAAAAGGAUGGGACGUAUUCCGCAAUUUACCACCGGAAGACUUGAGUGGUUCUCUUGCCAACCAAAAGGUUGUCGAGAUGACAGUCAAAAUCUUCAAGGUGGUGGCCUAUUUGUUGACAUUCGUCGUCGUCCUCUCGGCUGGUGUCAUCUCCAAAGGCACCGUCUUGUUUAUGACCUCUCAAAUCAAACCUGGCCGGUCAACAGAAUAUUGUACUCGACGAGACGGACGAUCCUUUCAGGCGCAUGUGAGCGAAGAGGAACGUGUCUCAUGGAUGUGGGCCCUUCUUUUUAGUUUCGUUAUUCCGGAAUUCUUUAUGUGGUUCCGCUCGUCACGUAUUUGUUUCUUUCGACAAUGGAAGCGUCCACGCUUUUUCGAUUUUAUGAUUGUCGUCAUUUUCGAAACGUUUCACGUCGUUGGUGUUGCCAUGCUCAUCUAUGCUGUCCUACCCAACAUGAAGGUGGUCCAGGGUGCUAUGCUCACCAACUGUGUCUGCCUUGUUCCAGGCAUUCUUGGUCUAUUGUCACGCAAUUCCAAGGAGUCUAAACGAUUCGCCAAAUCGAUUGUCGACAUCUUUGCUAUCAUGGCCCAGAUUAGCGGAUGUUUUCUUUGGGUAAUUCCGGAGCUGAACAAGACCAACUGGCAACACGUCUGGAUGUUGCCUACAUCGCUCAUCUUAACAUCGUUUGGAUGGUGGGAGAAUUACGUUGACAAACAUUCACCUAUAGGUUUUGUCAAAUACUUGGGAAAGAUCAAAGAAAAGAUGAAAGCCACUCGCUAUUUCACCUACAUUUUUGUUAGCGUUUGGAAAGUGAUGGUCUUUUUCUGCUCAAUGCUCUUGAUCGAACUCCUCACCGUUGGCAAGGUGGACAACAUAUUCCUGUUCUUUAUGCCUGGUUUCGGUGACCACAAAGUCAACUUGACGGAGAUAAGUAGCAAUAAAUUCGCUCAGCUCGACAUUCCCGGUGCUGGACGAUUGACUGAAACAGAAACCAUCCCGGCAUGGCCCAAUACGGCUAUAUAUCUCUGCGUGAUUCAGUCUUUCGCCGCUUUCCUUUGCUUUGGACUCGGAAAGUUUGCCUGCAAGAUUUGCAUUCAGGGUUUCAGCUACGCUUUUCCUGUAAACUUGACCAUUCCAGUGACAAUCUCUUUGUUGAUUGCCUUUUGUGGAUUACGAAUCGGUAAUCCAUGUAUGUUUUCCGACACUAUUCCACCUUACUUGUACUGGGACUGCCCCAAUGGCGACUUCCUCACCGAGGUCAUCACCAAUCAAUAUGCUUGGGUUUGGCUCCUUUGGCUCCUGUCACAAACUUGGAUCACGUUGCAUAUUUGGACUCCGAAAUGCGAGCGUUUGGCUCACACCGAGAAGCUCUUCGUCAAUCCGUUUUACUGUUCGCUGCUGAUAGAUCAGUCGAUGGGUAUGAACCGCCGUCGUGACGACGAAAGUGAUGUCAAAACGGAAGAUAUUGAACUGGAACGUGACGGUGUAGCAGACACGGACAUGACUCAAUAUUACGAGACCAUAUCAAUCGGCACGGAAUCGUCAACAGCCACACCCAAGACCAUCAAGGCCUCUGAUAAUAUCACCCGCAUCUAUACUUGCGCAACUAUGUGGCACGAAACAACCGAAGAGAUGUUGACCUUCCUUAAGUCAAUCUUUCACAUGGAUGAAGACCAGUCUGCCCGUCGUGUCGCUCAAAAAUAUCUCAAGAUUGUCGAUCCGGAUUAUUACGAGUACGAGACCCACAUCUUUUUCGAUGACGCCUUCGAGUUGAGUGAUCAUAGCGAUGACGAUGUAGUAGCCAACCGAUUCGUGAAAUUGCUAAUGAAUGUAAUGGAUGAGGCAGCAUCACACGUCCAUCAAACCAACAUCCGACUCCGUCCACCCAAGAAAUAUCCCACUCCCUAUGGAGGCCGACUCGUAUGGACCCUACCCGGCAAAACCAAGAUGAUUGCUCACUUGAAGGAUAAGGGCAAAAUUCGUCACAGAAAACGAUGGAGCCAAGUCAUGUACAUGUACUAUCUUUUGGGACACAAACUAAUGGAGUUGCCUAUCUCGGUUGAUCGUAAGGAAGUCGUGGCCGAGAACACAUACCUGCUCACCCUCGAUGGCGACAUUGACUUUUUACCCAGCGCUGUUCAACUUUUAGUCGAUUUAAUGAAAAAGAACCGUAACUUGGGCGCUGCAUGCGGACGCAUCCAUCCUGUCGGAUCAGGCCCUAUGGUGUGGUAUCAACUCUUCGAAUAUGCUAUCGGCCAUUGGCUCCAAAAGGCUACUGAACACAUGAUUGGUUGCGUCUUGUGUAGUCCUGGUUGCUUCUCCCUGUUCAGAGGCAAAGCUCUCAUGGAUGACAACGUUAUGCGUAAAUACACCACCCGCUCUGACGAAGCCAGACAUUACGUCCAAUACGAUCAGGGCGAAGAUCGUUGGCUGUGUACCCUACUCCUCCAGCGUGGCUACCGUGUCGAAUACUCUGCUGCUAGUGACGCCUACACCCACUGUCCCGAAGGUUUCAAUGAAUUUUAUAACCAACGUCGUCGCUGGGUUCCCUCUACCAUGGCUAAUAUUAUGGAUCUGUUGGGCGAUUACAAACGAACCAUCAAAAUCAAUGACAACAUUUCACUUCCUUACAUCUUCUACCAGAGCAUGUUGAUGGGUGGUACUAUUCUUGGACCUGGUACCAUUUUCCUCAUGUUGGUGGGUGCUUUCGUCGCCGCUUUCCGUAUUGACAACUGGAGCAGUUUUAUCUACAAUUUGGUCCCGAUUCUCCUCUUCAUGUUCAUUUGCUUCGUCGCUAAAUCCGAAAUUCAGUUACUUGUGGCGCAAAUGUUAUCAGCCUGUUAUGCCUUAAUUAUGAUGGCUGUGAUUGUCGGUACAGCGUUGCAGUUAGGCGAGGACGGCAUCGGUUCACCUUCAGCUAUUUUCUUGAUAGCCUUAUCGGGCUCAUUUUUUAUAGCAGCCUGUCUCCAUCCGCAAGAAUUUUGGUGCGUUGUACCUGGUCUCCUCUACUUGAUGAUGAUUCCCUCCAUGUACUUGCUGCUGAUUCUUUACUCAAUCAUCAAUUUGAACGUCGUCUCAUGGGGAACACGUGAAGUCCAAACAAAGAAAUCUAAAAAGGAAAUUGAAAGAGAAAAGAAAGAAGCUGAAGAAGACGCCAAGAAAGCCAAAAUGCAAAAGAAGUCUGGCCUACUAGGAUUCUUCAAUAGUUCCAUGGCGGAUUCAGAAGAAGGAUCACUUGAAUUGAGUUUUGCUGGACUAUUCAAGAUCAUGUGUUGUACCCAUCAAAAAGCGGUUGAUGAAAAGCAACAAUUGCUUCGCAUUGCAGACACAUUGGAAUCGCUCAACAAGCGCUUAGACAUCAUCGAAAGAGCUGUUGAUCCUCAUGGUUUGGUGGGACCUCGUCGUCGAUCCAUGUCGCGUACGUCACAUCGCGGCGGAGGUGGUGUCGACGGAUUGGCUUCCGUCCACGAAAAUGAUGGCGGAUCUAACACUGACGAUAGCGAUGAUGAAAGUGACAGCGUUGAACCCAAAACGGAACGUGACGAAUUGAUCAAUCCCUACUGGAUUGAAGAUAAGGACCUCAAACGUGGAGAAGUGGACUACUUGUCUGGCCCUGAAAUUCAAUUCUGGAAAGACUUGCUCGACAAAUACUUGUAUCCCAUCGACGAGAACAAAGAACAACAAGCUCGUAUUGCUGCUGAUUUGAUUGAGCUACGAAACAAGUCCGUCUUUUUCUUCUUCAUGUUCAAUGCCCUUUUCAUUUUGAUCGUGUUCUUGCUGCAAUUGAACAAAGGAGCCUUGCACGUUGAUUGGCCACUUGGUGUCAAGACCAACAUUACCUACAUCGAAGAAACCUCUGAAGUUUUGAUUACUAAAGAAUAUUUGCAACUAGAGCCUAUUGGUCUAGUUUUCGUCUUCUUCUUCGGCCUUAUUCUCAUUAUCCAGUUUGUGGCCAUGUUGUUCCAUCGUUUCGGAACAUUGUCCCACAUUUUAGCUUCGACCGAACUCAGCUGCAGUCGCAAGGUUGAUGACUUGUCUGAAGAUGCUUUUAUUGACAAAAAUGCUGUCGAGAUCGUGCGUAAUUUACAAAGAUUGCGAGGUAUUGAUGACGCUGACGACGAUAAUGAAUCUGGUUCUUAUCGGGAUCGAAUUGGUCAUCGACGAACGAUUCACAACUUGGAGAAGCAGAAACAAAAGAAACGCGUUACUGGAACGUUGGAUGUGGCUUUCAAAAAGCGAUUCUUUUCAAUGACUGCUGAAGGCGAGAUUGAAGACACUCCGGUGAUGAGUAACAUGCGCAAAAUACCUAUGCGUCGUGAAACCAUUAAAGCCUUGGAAGUCCGCCGAAACACAGUUAUGGGAGAGGCUCGUAAACGCUCUACCAUGCAAACACUUGGUGCUAAUAAUGAAUUCAACCGUAACAAGAAUCGGCAUCGUAACAAAGCAACCGUCGUUGGUAACACUGUCGAGCGCAUUUACUCACUCAACGCUCAACUCAACCAGGUUGUGGGUAAUGCGAAUGUAGCCGUUCCCAAUGAAGGUUAUGAAAUGAGCUCGGACGAAGAUCGUUCAAAUGUUACCCGCAACUCAAUGCGCCAUGCGCAGCCAACGCCCCAGCCUGUCUUGGCUGAGAUGCGGAACAGUCAGUUGUGAGCCGACAAUGCUCAAACGAUGCUGAAGAAUCACUUUCUGUAAGUGAACCCGUCUACUCUUCUGUCCCUUCCCUCUGCCUUUUUUUUUAAUUUUACAACAAAUUUAUUAAUGACCGUAAUGGGACCUACUUACGAUUGAGUGCUUGCACAUGGCAUUUAUUUGACUUGUAAUUUUUAAAAGAUGGACUUUUCGUGUACAAAAAAAAUACAUUUAAAAAUAAAUA